AUGGCGGUGCAAAGUCUUUGCAUUGACUACCUCUCUAACCUGAUGGGAGCAGAACAUGAGUCUUCAAUGCUAGACCCGCAAGACCUCUCUUUGUUGAUGCCUUAUCGCUGCUUAGAAGCCCAAAAGUUCGAUCUCACCGGUGAGUUUACUAGACAGGAGAUCAAUGACGCUUUCUUUGCUCUACCAUCAAACAAAACAAGCGGUCCUGACGGUUAUUCAGCGGAAUUCUUCACUGGGGCUUGGAGCAUUGUGGGAGUGGAUGCAACAGAAGCUAUUUUGGAGUUCUUCAGAUCAUGCAGACUACUGAAGCAAUGGAACUCAACCUCUUUGAUCCUCAUCCCCAAAACCUCAAACGCGGACAAGAGAAAGGACUUCCGACCAAUCUCCUGCGUCAACACCCUUUAUAAGGUGAUUUCCAGACUGUUAACAAAUCGUCUCCAAGAGAUACUCUUCCACGUUAUCUCACCGUCACAGUCUGCUUUCACCAAGGGAAGAUUAUUGUCUGAAAAUGUUCUUCUCGCAACGGAAAUUCUUCGUGGGUAUAACAGAAAGAACAUCUCUAGAAGAGGCAUGCUCAAAGUGGAUUUGAGGAAAGCUUUCGACUCUAUCCGGUGGGAUUUCAUAUUAUCUACCCUCAGAGCCAUACAAAUCCCUGAAACUUUCAUCAGUUGGAUCGCCGAGUGUAUUACCAUCCCUACAUUCUUUGUCUCGGUAAAUGGCGUAUCUGGAGGGUAUUUCAAGGGCUCUAAGGGACUGCGACAGGGCGACCCUCUAUCACCAUAUCUCUUCGUACUGGCGAUGGAGGUUUUCUCUCGUCUACUGAGCUCCAGGUUCGAUGAUGGCUACAUCACGUACCAUCCAAAGACUGCAGAUAUUAACAUCUCUCACCUAAUGUUUGCUGAUGACGUGGUGAUUUUCUUCGACGGAGGCUCGGCCUCUUUACAUGCCAUCACCGAAGCUCUGGAUGACUUUGCGGGUUGGUCAGGCCUCCAUGUAAACCGCGACAAAUCUGAACUUUUUGUUGUUGGUUUGAACACUUUAGAAGCAUUGGAAGUUGCAAAUUAUGAGUUCUCCAUUGGUUGUCUGAAGAAGAUCGAGUCUCUAUGUUCUAGAUUCCUUUGGGCUGGAAACAUAGACAACAGAGCAACAGCGAAAGUGGCUUGGACAACAGUCUGCUUACCGAAAAAGGAAGGUGGUUUGGGGCUACGUAGAUUCUGUGAAUGGAACAAGUGGCACAAACACCAACAUCUCCGAAAUGCAAGCUUCUGGGCGCUAGAGAGCAAGGCCACUGACUCGGCAUCAUGGAAUUCGAUCAUCACUCUAAGACCUUUAGCAGAGCAGUUCCUCAAGUGCAGAAUAAAUGAUGGGGUUGAUUCAAGGUUCUGGUCCGAGAGAUACCAGAUUACCUCUCUCGGCAUCAGUGAAAGACGCAACAAACGAUACAUGCUGGUCACUUCCUCAACUAAGAUCAGACAAUGCUCUGGUGCUCCACAUUCACUUAACUACCGUGCAACUGCCGCUACAGCAGUCUACUCCAGAUUCUUUUCAUUGGGUAGUUCAGGCCAAGGACUGCAAAGGCUUCUCUUCUUCGUAGACUUGGGAGGCGCUUGCUGUUUCUGCAGCAAUCAAGAUGAAUCACGAGACCACUUGUUCCUCAACUGUACUUACACCACAACGCUUUGGAACCGGAUCUUUGAACGGCUAGAUCCUCGUCGUACGGCUUUCCUAACAUGGGAAGAACUCCUCUCUUGGCUACGUGUCUCAGCUGCAUCAGCACCUUCAACCCUGAAGAAGAUAGCUACCCAAUCCCUUCUCUACAAUGUCUGGAGGCAGCAUAAUUCUGCAGUUCAUCUCAACGGAUUCUUGCCAUUGCAGACAACUUUCAACACCAUCGACAGGGAAAUCCGCAACACCAUUAGUGCGAGAAGACAUAGGAGGAAGUUCACGACUCUUAUGCAACUUUGGAUUAGACGACUCGUUCUUCUACUCUAA